GGGAGACAUGUAAUAGUAAGGCGGCUUAUAUUCAGGUGAAGGUGGGGGAGGGCUCUUAUAGUAGUAGGGUGGCAGGGGAGAUGGUGAUGGUGGGGGUGGGGAUUUAUAGUAGUAGGGUGGUGUGUAGACUGGUGAAGGUGGGGGAGGGCUCUUGUAGUAGUAAGGUGGUGGUGGAGAUGGAGAUGGUGGUGGAGGAGACUUGUAGUAAUAUGGUGGUUUAUACUCAGGUGAAGGUGGAGGAGGGCUCUUGUAGUAGUAUGGUGGAUAGUAAGGCUUUGGUGAAGGUGGUGGUGGGGACUGGUAGUAAUAAGGCUUUGGAGAUGGUGGUGGUGGAGACUUGUAGUAGUAAGGUGUUGGUGCCGGAGACUUCACUGGUGGUGGUGGGGACUGGUAGUAGUAAGGCUUUGGUGAGGGUGGUGGUGGAGACUUAUAGUAGUAAGGUGUUGGUGCCGGAGACUUCACUGGUGGUGGUGGGGACUGGUAGUAGUAAGGCUUUGGAGAGGGUGGUGGUGGGGAAUGAUAGUAGUAAGGCUUUGGUGAAGGUGGUGGUGGAGAUUUAUAGUAGUAAGGCUCUGGUGCUGGAGACUUCACCGGUGGUGGUGGAGAAUGGUAAUAGUAUGGUGGAGGAGGAGAUGGUGAAGGAGGUGGAGGGGAGUGGUAGUAGUAAGGCUUUGGUGAUGGUGGUGGUGGAGACUUAUAAUAGUAAGGCUCUGGUGCUGGAGACUUCACUGGUGGUGGUGGAGAAUGGUAGUAGUAUGGUGGUGGAGGAGAUGGUGAAGGAGGUGGAGGUGGAGUGGUAAUAGUAAGGCUUUGGUGAAGGUGGUGGUGGAGAUUUAUAGUAGUAAGGUUCUGGUGCUGGAGACUUCACUGGUGGUGGAGGAGAAUGUAGUAGUAUGGUGGAG